AGGUAAAUGAAUGCAAAUAGAAAAUAGAAUAAAAUUAUUUUCGGAGUAUCUGCUAAUUACAUCUAAUAAUUCUGCUAUAUGAAGAGGGUAUUUAGGAAUAUCUAUAAAUAAUAGAUCUAUCAGUGGUUAUUAGAAUAUAUAAACAUACUCUGUUAAAUGAAGAGAGAAAUGAACAAAUACAUAAAGACCUAUAAAUCAAGUGGCAAAUAUUUCAAAGAGAAUAAGGCAUGUUAAUUUGUCAUAUUUAAGUUCUGCUUUAAGAUUAUUUAUAUCAAUUUCUGUAUUCAUAUUAUUUUAAUUAAUAUUUUUUGCUGUUAUUUUUAAUUUCAAUGGGAAAUUGUGCUACAUGUGACGAUCCAUCGAUAUAUGAACAUGGAGGAGAAUAAAUGAGACCUUUUAAGAAUAAGCCAAACUUAGAAGAUCAAGAAAACGUUCAAUAGUUGAGUCAGAAAAGUAAAUUAUCAUAGAGUACAGUUAAAUCUUAGAAUGCUAGUUUUAUAGUACAAUAACAUAUAAGGUUAUUAAAUAUAAUAUAGAUAGAUAAGAUUUAAAGAAAUUGGAUUCUAUUCCUGACUUUACAAAUUGUUUUACAAAGCCAUUAAUAGAUUAGUUAUAACCAUUUAAUUAUGAUUAAAAUGAGCCGUUUGAAUUAAAAUAAUUACCUUUUUAUGGUCCAGUAGAAAUAGAGCCUAGUGUAUUUUACUAUGGAUAAUGGAAGAAUGGGUUAAGACACGGAAGAGGUAAACAAUUUUGGGCAGAUGGUUCAAUAUAUGAAGGAUAUUGGUUAUAAGAUAAAGCAAAUGGAGAAGGAAGAUUAAUACAUUCAGAUGGUGAUUUAUAUGAAGGAAAAUGGUUGAAUGAUAAAGCUCAUGGUUUUGGAGUUUAUAGUCAUAAAGAUGGAGCAUUUUAUAGAGGUGAAUGGUAUGAAGAUUAAUAACAUGGUAAUGGAUUGGAAAAAUGGGCUGAUGGUUCUAUGUUUGAAGGAACAUAUACCAAUGGUAUGAAACAUGGACAUGGUAAAUUCAGUUGGCCUGAUGGUAGUUCCUAUGUUGGAGAAUUUAUUAAUAAUAAUAUCCAUGGUAAAGGACAUUACAUUUGGGCAGAUAAUAGAGAAUAUGAAGGUGAUUGGAAAGAAAAUUAAAUGGAUGGUCAUGGAGUAUUUAGUUGGUCAGAUGGAAGGUAAUUAUAUUUUAAUUAAAUUUUAUAGACGUUAUGUUGGUGACUAUAUUAAUGAUAAAAAAGAAGGUUAUGGAGAAUUCUAUUGGCCUGAUGGUAGAGUCUAUAAAGGAUAUUGGAAAGAUGGUAAAUAACAUGGAAAAGGUUAAUACAAGGGUACUAAUAGAGUAUUAAAGGAGGGUGAAUGGGUUGAUGGAAAAUUACUUAAAUGGAAUAACUGA